GUUUUGACAGUAAAUUGUUUUUGUGAAUCGUUUCCCUAAACAAAUCCGUCAGUCCUGAUCAGUGCAUACAUUCCCGUUAAGUUUUCAUGCAAAAUUACGUAUAAAACUAAAUUAGAUUUUCAUAUAUUUGUUCACAUUGCAUUCGGGGCAACCCACAACAUCAUGCUGCCGGGCAUCGGAAUGUUCGGUACCGGUGAAAUUACUAAAGUAUUGGUACCGAUUCUUCGCGACAAAGGCUUCAAAAUUGCUGCAAUCUGGGGCCGUACACUGAGGGAAGCGGAAGAAGCAUCGCUCGAGCUACAAAUUCCCUUUUUCACCAGCAAAAUAGAUGAUGUUCUGCUGCGUAAGGACGUCGAUAUGGUAUUUAUCACCUGUCCGCCGUAUCUGCACUCGCAGAUCUCGGUCAAAGCACUCGGUAUCGGAAAGCAUGUGGUAUGUGAUAAACCGAUGAGUUUGUUUCAAGCGGAUGCUUUGAAGAUGGUCCGUGCUUGCCAAUACUAUCCGACGCUAAUUUCGAUUGUGAAUCAUUCGCUACGGUUCUUGCCAGCCAUUGGGCACAUGAAGAAAGCUAUACAGGAGGGCUAUUUGGGUCCCCCGGAGCAGUUGUCUCUGAUUGAUGUUAAGGUCAGAAUGAGUUCUUUGUUUCAUAAUAAGUUCGAUUGGUUGUGUGACGAAACAAUGGGCGGAGGUGUUUUGAAUCUUGUUGGAAGUCAUGUUAUAGAUUUGGUAAAGUUCCUAACGGAACGUAAGGCUGUUAAGGUGCACGGAACUGUUCGUACCUACGUUAAACAUAUUGGCCAGAUUAAUGGGAUUCGACAGAUUACGGCCCCAGACUUUUGCACUUUCCAGAUGGAACUGGAAAGCGGUACACUAGUGACUGUCAAUAUUAAUUGCCACAUUUCGAAUAAUGCCUUUCACCAGGAGGUGGCAGUUUACGGUGGAGCUGGUCAUCUGACUGUUAGAGGCGGUGAUUUGGUUGCGCAUCGUAUGGCUGACGAUUCAGGAACAAUCAAGGAGGAGAUGUUGUAUGUGGACGUACAGGAUUUGCAGUUUUCAACCUCGGAAACAACACUGCCGAGGCCUUACGUGAAGGGCCUAUGUAAAUUGGUUGGCGCUUUGAGAGAUGCUUUUCAUCCUACGCAGGAAUCGACCGGGUGGAUAAAGGAACCAGUCCAGUCGGCGGCCACGUUCGAAGAUGGCCUUUACGUUCAAGCGGUACUGGAUGCUAUUCGAAAGUCUAGCGAGGAACGGUGUUGGUCUAAGGUGAACAUUUGUACGGAAUCGCCUACCAAUCAGAAGUUUCUGUCCGCUGCCAGAAUGACAUCGGCAACGGCGCUUCAUUGAAAAUUGACCGUUCUGAGGAAAAAAAAAUGCUUUUUCGUUUAAUUUUUUAGAUUGUUUAGAGUAAGAAUUUGCCUUUUUUGCCUUUUGGUUUUUUGUUAGCUUUUUACACGUUAUUUGCUCUAACUGACUGUACACGGCUUUUUGCUACAUUUUUACACUUGGAAUCCGUUAUGAAAUAGUUUAUUCAUAUGAGAUCCUACUCUGCGCAUUAAUUAAAGGAAAUUUGAGAAAUGAUUUAACAAUAAUUUUACGAUUCUAGAGAAAAUUUUCAAUAGGACAUAAGUAACAUUGAGAGCCUCUCUUUGUUUACUUUCUCUUUCGUUUAUUACGACGUCAUUACAACACUUUGCACCAAUUUU